CAAAGCACCGUCAAUUCUUGUUAAAGGAGGCGCAGCCACGAGGGAAGGGGAGAAGUGACAGCUGAAGGCAAAUCUGUCAAGGCCCCAUCAUCACCUCGAUCACCACCGUGUCUCCACAGUGACAGCCAGUACUUGGUGUCCUGGUUGAAGGGGGCUGUGGUUUUAUGCACAAAGUCUGUCGCAUGUAGGUUUUUGCUGUGUGGGUAUAAAGAAUAAGGACUCUACAGCAGCAACCUCUGUGAUGAGCCAGAAAUAUUAAAAUGCCACCACGAAAUUAUCUUUUAAUAACCUGUAUUUUCUCUGCUGGAAAUAACAAACCUCGCCUCACACCGGCUUCUCUGAUUAGAAAGGGGACCCAGCCAAGGUGUUAUAAAUAUAGACUCAUAGACUCAUAAUACCAGGUUGGAAAGGACCUCGAGAUUCAUCUGGUCCAACCUUUCUUGGCAAAAGCACAGUCGACACGAUGUUCCAGUACCCUGUACAGCUGAGUAUUUAAAAUGUUCAACGCUGGGGACUCCAUCACUUCCCUGGGGAGAUUAUUCCAGUGGUUGAUUGUUCUCACUGUGGAUAAUUUUAUUCCUCAUGUAGUUGAUAAUAAAAGUCCCAAAUAAGUAACUGAUGCCACAGUCUGAGGCUGAUUUGGUAAAACAACAAUAUGGAUUGAAUCCGCUAUGUUUUAACGCGAGUUCCCAGGCCAAUGUGCAAGACUAUUUUGUUCUCCGGUGUUGCUCACAACAAUGAGUUAUUUCUAGAGGGGGAACAAUCAGGGAAAUCCCUUUGUCCUUAAACCCUGCACACAGCUUAAAGCAUUCUGUAAUUUUGAAGCUGUGGUUCCUAUAUUCCCCCCCCCCCUUCUUUCUGUUUGUCUACAAUUUGCAUUCCACUUUGCUCCAUACAGGAUGAUGUACGGUUUAUCUCACUCGCAGCUCUGAGACCUUUGUGUCUUUUCCUCCUUCCCCUCCCUGUAAUUCCACAAAUAAAUCACUGCUUUGGUAAUGUUCCUUGGAAACCUCCAUGUAAAAUAUCUUUCCCCACUGAUUUGUCCUCCCUAUCUCAUGCGCAUGCCACUUGGUUCAUAAUCUGUGUUUAAUGAUACAUAUAUAUAUAAUACUCACCUACAUACAUUAUUGUUUUGUACAUAUAUAUACGUAAUAUAUACUCACACAUACAUAAGCCAUGUGUAUAAAAUAAUAUGUAUGUACACUAUAUACACAUGUGUUUGUAUAUAUGCAGAUAAUAAUAAAUCCCCUUAUUUUAUCCCUGUAUGUAGGUGGAUCCUAAGAAAUGCGAGUCACCCACACUUCCCCUUCUCUUAGAUUACAUAUUUGCUAAGUCCAUGAAAUCCAAUGUGUUUGUGUACAUUUCAAACAAAGAUCUACACAGCCUGUUCAAACACAGCAAAAACAAGCGGGUGACUUGUGGGUCAAAUGUUAUUUUUCCUAGCUCAAUACACAGCCACGAUUUCAAUGUUUUCAUAACUCCUACUGUUUGCAUCCAGAUUUUCCUUGUGUUACAAUCAAGAUAAAGGUUUUUUUUUUCCAUCCUUCUUGCUUCUGAUGUCUAAAAUGUUUUGCUGACCCUCAAAUUACAGGUGCUGCAGAGAUUUGGGGUAGGCGGUGGUGAUUUGUCAGACAAAAGAAGAGCAGCUGGAACAUGCCGCAAGGCUGAUGUGGAGAUGGAGGGGUCCAUGUCCUGCUUGGAAGGGAGCUGAUGACGCACAGGCAGCUGUAUUUUCACCACCAAGCUCAGCAUGGCCCCAGCUUUGCUCAAAGGAUGCAACCUGGCUUGUCUUCCUUCUCCUUCCUCACUGCACACAGAUUGAAGACUGCAGUCAUAGAAGAGCUAGACGGGUUUUCAGGUCAGGAUUGACUGCUCAAUUUGGGGGAUUAAAGAAGCCAGGUACAGACUCAAGGACAGCUGAAGCAUGGGAUGUCAGAGGAAAGCCUGGCUGGAUGAGCAGGGAAUUGUGCUGCCACAGUCUUGCUCCAUAGUGAUGGAGAGACACAAAGACUAAGUGUUGUUGCAGAUGCUGGGCAUGAGAGCCUUUUCUCCCAGAAGGGUGUGUGCUGAGGACAGGCAGGCAAGGAGAAGUGACAUCAUGCAGGGAGAGAAUGGCUCAGCAUUUGAGGAUUAGAUGGACCAAAACUGCAUGAAGGUUGGUAUGGUUCAUGCACAUAUGAAGAUAGCCAUUCUUCAGAGGAAAGAACUAAAACCUGGGGAGAAGAUGUGCUCAUGGGAGGCCAUUCGCAAGCCAAGUCUCGAUAAGAAGACAAAGAUUUGUUGGAUUCAGAUGCUACAGACUAUCUCAUCCUGCUCUGAUUACUGUUCUGCUCAGCCACAGCUUAAAGGUCCAUCCAGACAAUGAAGUCACCCUCACUCAGAGCAAGUCUGACAGCUGAGCAUUGUUUGGGUGAAAACAACCUCCUUUAGUAAAAUAAAUGAGUGUGACAGACACAGACUCUACCAAGUCAGAACCCUCCUCAAUAGUUUAAUUUACUGACUUGUUCAUUGCUAAACAAUUGAGAAUUGGUCCAUGGAGAAGGAACACAAAAAGGACAGAUAAUAUGGGCUGUAUUUUGAGGUUGGACUAGUCCAAGCCAAGGGAAAAUAGGCGUUUGAGCCAUUCAGCAGCAUUGCUUCUGGGAAAAUAAUGACCACCCCUGCAGCUCUACCUUUACUCUGGACUGGAGGUUUGGCCUUAUUUCUGCUGAGGGUGAAGAGAAGCAAACUGGAGAGAAGGGGAUCUGCAGUAUGACACAGCCAGGGCCACCGAGACAGAGUGACAACUUCAUCCCUGGAGAUGUUGCUGUUACUAUCCCACGGAGCUGUCACUCAUGCAGGAACAGCACAAAAAGCUCUGGGAGCUUCCCUGGGCCCCUGUGGGACCCUCAGGCUCUGGUGCCUUCCCAGCGUUGCUCUGCUUUUGGUUGAGAUUCUUCUUAUCUAACGUCACAUUCUGCUUUUUGCCAUGAAAAUCAUUUCCAAUUAAACGCAUCCUCAGAGCCUAUCUGGCUGUGAAUUAGCCUGGAACUUGAUGACUGGCUUGUUAGCUCAUCAAAGUCUCCAGGCUAACGGGGAUGGGCAGCCUCAGGAGUGAUGUGCUGGCUGGGGAUUUUGCUCUUUGCCUUGAACUCACCGCAGCUCUGCAAACCGAGACACGGAUGCCCUUUGCUCACCUUCAGCACUUCUCUAUUCCCCUUCAUCCCGCAGCUGAGUAAGCAGCACAAGGACUACAAAACACAGCCCUGCUGCAGCCUCCAGCUCUACCUCAUGCUUCUGCCCUCCAGGGAUCGCAGGGUUUGCUGAAUCCCUGGGAAGAAGCUGGACACGCGCUCCAUCUUAUGAGGAAGGGAUUAUCAUAGCCCUUGUGAUUCAGCCCACAGCUCCCGUGUGCAUGGAAAGGAGAGAAGCGGGCCUGUCCCCGUGGAGGCUCUAUCUUCCCCUUCCCAAGGUGCCUGCAGGGUGACUGCAGAAUUAGCUGGAAGAAAUGAGGAAGUCGAAGAGGCAAGGACACCCCUCGAGGCAGGACCUUUCAGAUGAGCCUGUGAAGGUGUCAGAAAGGAUGGUUGUGUCCGAGAUCAACAGACUGCAGAAACAGUUUCGGAUAGCAAUGGAGAAGAGGAAGUCUUACAGUACCAACCUGAAACAGCAAAUACUGGCCCAGGAAAAAGAAAUAGAAUCUCUGACUCAAGAACAGAGAGAGGUGUCACUAACAAUAGGCCAGAUCAUGUCCCCAAAAAAUAGGAUGCUGGAUGACAGAAAUUGCAAAGAGGCCCAAUACCUUUUGCAGAUCAGAUAUCAGUAUGAUUGUCUGAUUAGAGAAAGAAAAGCACUGUUAGCUGUCCUGGACAACCAGAUAGAAGAGCUGGAAAAAAAGGUUGUGAAGCAAAACCUGAUAGCAAGCAAGGUGAAGCAAGCAAACUGUAUCAAACAGCUGCAGAAGCAGAUUGACACACUGGAGAUGCGUCUGUACAAUGCCAAUGUCCAUUUCAAUACCAUCCUGGCCAAAAAUGACAAGCUUCGAGAAGAGAUUGAAAGCCUGCAAAUCCAGAAGGCUGUUUUGGACAACUUCUACUUCAAGCUCCAUACAAAGCUGGAUCAGCAGAAGAAAAGGAUGAACACUGCUGUUGAGCAAACCACACAAGCCUACGAGCAGCUGUCAGAGGCCCAGACAAGGAUUGCAGCCAUGAUCGAAAGGCACAAGACAGACACUGCCCAGUACCACAUCGAGAUGCAGGAGCAGGAGCGUAUCCUUGCACGGGAGACCAAAUUGAAAGCCUUCAUGCUUGCCAGAUUUACUGAUCGCUCUGAACUGGAGGAACAGGCCAAAAAGAAAAGAGACUUGAAAGCAGCCCAGAGGGCCAAGAAGAGCGGAGGGGAGUGCUUUGAGACUUGGGAAGUGGCUUACAAACGCCUGCUGGAGCUGGCAGAGGAUGGGAAUGUCGACCAGCUGCUGAGUAGCUUCGUCGAGAAGGAGCAGAAGAGCUUCGCCUGCUUCCUCUAUGCCUCUGAGCUCAAUGACGAUAUGCAGAAGUUGCAGAGGAAGAUCCAGGAACUCCAGCUUGAAAUUGCAUCCCUCAUGAAGGGUCAGAAGCAUGCAAAGACCAAGAGCUUUCAUCUCAUGAAGGAACUGGAGACAAAUCUAACGGAAAGCACCGAGGAAGCCAACUGCUACGAAGACCUGUGCAAAGAGAGAAGCAAAAUCCUGGGCCAGGUCAAAUCCAGCAUGGAAAUCCUGAUCAGAAAAAUCGACUGCGACACUACGGACAUAAUGAAGCAGCUUGGAGAAAAAGGAGAGAUCACGGAUCUGAACCUGAUGCAGUAUUUUGGUCUCAUGGAGAAGAAGACCAAUGAGCUCCUGCUGCUGGAGUCCAUCCUGCGCUACACACUGACUGAAGGCACCUCUCUGGACCUGCCCUUCACCAACCCACUGCUGGGAAGCCCUGAGCUCCUCCAGGAGAUCAACUGGUCCCAGAUCUGCCCACCACCUUCCACCCUGAACGACAACAGCAACGCCAUCGAUGCCUUGGAGGUGCCUCUGGACCACAGUCAGCUCUGUCAGAUGGUUCUCCAGAACCACAAGAAGGACUGGGACAACGCUGCUGGCACAGAUGAGAAUGCACCGGGGAUGGAAUAAAUAGUUUUACUCUUGA